UCUCCUUGCUUGGUGUAGGUUUCCAAGCAGGGGCCAGGGCCAAGGAGAACCUCUCCAUCAGACGGAGGGAGAGCUGUAGAGAGACGGAACACCAGUGGACAACAGUUGGCUGCUCUGUGGGCAUUUUCUUUGGAUUGAGACAUUUUGGGUGAGGAAUAUUCCAACAUGGAUUCGAGUGGCGGGCCAGCCUUGGCCUCGUUCAUCAUGAGCGAGGAGGAGCUGAAGAGGAAGCAGAGGGAGAAGCUAAAGAAACUGCAGGCCACUGGCGGUAACCCACGGCCUGCACGCACACUUUUCUUCUUCACACUCAAAAACCGCUUCCGCAAGCACUGCAUCAACUUUGUAGAAUGGAAGCCGUUUGAGAUCACCAUCCUGCUUACUAUCUUCGCUAACUGUGUGGCUUUAGCUGUGUUUCUGCCAAUGCCUGAGGAUGACACCAAUUCCACCAACUCUACCUUGGAGAGCUUGGAGUAUAUCUUUCUGGUCAUUUUCACUGUGGAGUGUUUCAUGAAGAUAGUUGCAUAUGGGUUCUUGUUCCAUGAAGGAGCCUAUUUGCGGAACUGUUGGAACAUAUUGGACUUUGUCAUCGUGUUUAUGGGACUCUUCACCUUUGCAGUGGACAUAAUCAACAUGAUAGCAGGAAUCCCCACAGAGAAAAAAGGAGGGUUCGACAUGAAAGCUCUCCGAGCAUUCAGAGUCCUACGGCCACUUCGUCUUGUCUCUGGAGUUCCCAGCUUGCAGGUAGUGAUGAGCUCCAUUCUGAAAGCUAUGCUACCCAUGUUUUACAUCGCUCUGCUGGUCUUCUUCCUGGUCACCCUUUAUGCCAUCAUGGGUUUGGAGCUGUUCAAAUGCAAGAUGCACAAGACGUGCUAUUAUCAAGGCACAGACCUCAUUGCCUUAAGGGAGAAUGAAGUACCAUCCCCCUGUGCUCAGGCUGGAAAUGGUCGCCGAUGUAUGAUCAAUGGGACACAGUGCAGGGCAGGCUGGGCAGGUCCUAACUUCGGCAUCACCCAUUUUGACAACAUUGGCUUUGCCAUGCUCACAGUCUUUCAGUGUAUCACAAUGGAGAGCUGGACCCAUGUGCUCUAUUGGAUAAAUGAUGCCAUUGGGAAUGACUGGCCAUGGCUGUACUUUGUGUCUCUGAUUAUUCUGGGCUCUUUCUUUGUGCUUAAUCUGGUGCUUGGAGUACUCAGCGGUGAAUUCACCAAGGAGAGGGAGAAAUGUAGAUCCAGAGGAGAGUACCAGAAGUUGCGAGAGCGGCAGCAGAUGGAUGAAGAUCUUGAAGGAUACAUGGAAUGGAUCAGUCAGGCUGAAGUUCUGGAUGCUGAUCAUGAAGGUCUUCUUCCUCUGAAAGACAGUGGUUUGGAGAUGGAUGGCCUUUAUGAAAUGGAGGGUUUAAGCCAUGUAGUAUAUUACUUUCGCCUUGCACGUCGCUGGAACUGGGUCUUUCGGAGGAAGUGUAAUAUUUGGGUUAAAUCCAAAGUGUUCAACUGGCUGGUCAUACUGGUUGUGCUCCUCAACACCCUGGCUAUUGCUUCUGAGCAUCACCCCCAAUCUGAUCGGAUGACUCAGUUUCAAGAUACAGCUAAUUCAAUCCUCCUCACCUGUUUCGCAAUUGAGAUGUUUGCAAAGAUGUAUGCUUUUGGCCUGCGAACCUACUUCAUGUCCAUUUUCAAUCGAUUUGACUGCUUUAUUGUAACUGUGGGAAUACUGGAGAUCAUCUUGGUUUCAGCAAAUAUCAUGACAUCGCUGGGCAUUUCUGUGAUGAGGUGCAUUCGACUCUUACGGCUGGUGAAGAUCUCAAAGUACUGGAAAUCUCUUAGUAACCUUGUGGCCUCCCUGGUAAAUUCAGUGCGCUCCAUUGCUUCCCUUCUUCUCCUGCUCUUCCUCUUUAUCGUCAUCUUCGCUCUGCUGGGCAUGCAAGUCUUUGGAGGCAAAUUCAACUUCCCUGACAGAGAUUUGCAGCGGAGCAAUUUUGACAACUUUCCACAGGCUCUCAUCAGUGUGUUUCAGGUUCUAACUGGAGAGGAGUGGGAUACCAUCAUGUAUAAUGGAAUCAUGGCUCAUGGUGGACCAAGUUUUCCAGGAAUUCUCGUCAGCAUCUACUUCAUUAUCCUGUAUAUCUGUGGGAACUUCAUCCUCUUGAAUGUAUUCCUGGCCAUUGCUGUGGAUAGCCUAACUGAAGCUGAGAGCCUUUCCUCAGCACAGAAGGAAAAAGAGGAGGAAAAAGCUAGGAAGAAACUCAUGAGGGCAGCCCCACAACAAAAGACUGAGGAGGAGAAAGCUCUGGUGAUCAAGAAACAUAAAACUGAAGGCAUGCCCACAACUGCAAAGCUUAAAAUUGAUGAGUUUGAAUCAAAUGUAAAGGAAGUAAAGGACCCAUUUCCUCCUGCUGACUUCCCAGGUGAUGACGAGGAGGAAGAGCCAGAGAUCCCUAUCAGUCCGAGGCCUCGGCCCAUGGCUGACCUGCAGCUCAAGGAGACGGUGGUGCCCAUGCCCGAUGCCAGCUCCUUUUUCAUCUUUGGACCAGAGAACAAGUUCCGCAAAGUGUGUCACAGGGCUAUCAAUGCUACCCCGUUUACCAACUUCAUCCUCCUCCUCAUCCUCCUCAGCAGUAUCUCUCUGGCAGCGGAGGAUCCCAUUGACCCCAACUCAUUCAGGAAUAAGAUCUUGGCUUAUGCUGAUAUUGUCUUCACGUCAGUCUUCACCAUUGAGAUUGUGCUCAAAAUGACAGUGUACGGUGCAUUCCUGCACAAGGGCUCCUUCUGCCGGAAUUCUUUCAACAUCCUUGAUCUUGUCGUUGUGUGUGUGUCCCUCCUCUCCAUGGGCCUGGAGUCCAGUGCUAUCUCUGUGAUUAAGAUUCUCAGGGUGUUGAGGGUUCUGAGACCACUUAGGGCCAUGAACAGAGCCAAAGGACUGAAGCAUGUUGUCCAGUGUGUGUUUGUAGCCAUCCAAACCAUUGGCAACAUAUUUCUGGUCACCUUGCUCUUAAACUUCAUGUUUGCUUGCAUUGGAGUCCAACUCUUCAGGGGAAAAUUCUACUCUUGUACAGAUCCUUUGAAACUGACUGAGGCAGACUGUCAGGGAACAUUUGUGAAGCACAUGCAGAAUACACUGCACGACACAGAAGUCCGCCAGCGACAGUGGGUCAACGGUGACUUCAACUUCGACAACGUGCUGAAUGCCAUGCUCACGCUUUUCACUGUCUCCACAAUCGAGGGCUGGCCAGAGUUGCUUUAUAAAGCAAUAGAUUCUGACGCAGAAGACAGAGGCCCAGUGUAUAACAAUCGGGUGGACAUCUCUGUGUUCUUCAUUAUCUACAUAAUCACUAUCGCUUUCUUUAUGAUGAACAUUUUUGUUGGCUUCAUCAUUGUCACCUUCCGAGAGCAGGGAGAGCAAGAGUACAAAGACUGUGAGCUGGACAAGAACCAGCGCCAGUGUGUGCAAUAUGCUCUGAAGGCUCGGCCCCUACGCUGCUACAUCCCUAAAAACCCUCACCAGUACCGCGUCUGGUACCUAGUGACCUCCAGCUACUUUGAGUACCUCAUGUUCUUCCUCAUUAUGCUCAACACUCUGUGUUUGGGAAUUCAGCACUGCAACCAGUCAGACCACAUAACCAAAGUGUCAGACAAUCUAAAUGUGAUCUUUACGGUCCUGUUCACGAUUGAGAUGAUCGUCAAACUUAUUGCUUUCAAAGCAAAGGGUUAUUUUGGAGACCCUUGGAAUGUGUUUGAUUUCCUCAUUGUUGUAGGGAGCAUUGUGGAUGUUGUCCUCAGUCAGGUUGAUGCUGCUCUGGAAUCCAGUGGUGGAUUGUACUGCCUCCAUGGCUGUGCUGAAACAAACCCAAUGCAGGCCAUUGCUUAUGAAGAAAAUGCUCAAGUAUCAAUCACGUUCUUCCGGCUCUUCCGUGUCCUGCGUCUGAUAAAGUUGCUGAACCGCUCGGAGGGCAUUCGCAACCUGCUGUGGACCUUUAUUAAGUCGUUCCAGGCUUUCCCUCAUGUGGCCCUCCUCAUAGUAAUGCUCUUCUUUAUCUACUCUGUCAUAGGGAUGCAGGUGUUUGGUAAAAUAGCCCUAGUGGAUGGCACGGAGAUCAACCGCAACAGCAAUUUCCAGACAUUCCCCCAGGCAAUUCUGCUGCUGUUCCGAUGUUCCACAGGAGAGGCAUGGCAGAAACUUAUGCUGGCCUGUAUGUCUGGGAAGCUCUGUGAUCCAAAAUCACACUAUGCUCCCGGAGAGGAGAACAGCUGUGGCACUAACUUCGCUGUCUUCUACUUUUUAAGUUUCAACAUGCUAUGUUCCUUUUUGAUUAUCAAUUUAUUUGCGGCUAUCAUUAUGGACAAUUUUGACUAUCUCACCCAUGACUGGUCGAUCCUUGGUCCACAUCAUCUGGAUGAGUUCAGGAAGAUCUGGGCUGAGUACGAUCCUGAGGCAACGGGGCGCAUUAAACAUCUGGAUGUGGUGACUCUUCUGCGAAGGAUCCCACCACCAUUGGGUUUUGGGAAAUUCUGUCCUCACCUCUCAGCAUGCAAGCGACUGAUUUCCAUGAACAUGCCCCUGAACAGUGAUGGAACAGUUACCUUCAAUGCCACAUUGUUUGCUUUGGUCAGAACAGAUUUGAAGAUUAAAACUGAAGGCAACUUUGAACAGGCCAAUGAGGAGCUGAGAAUCAUUAUUAAGAAUAUCUGGAAACGCACCAGCAUGAAACUGCUAGACCAAGUAAUUCCCCCUAUUGGUGAGGAUGAGGUCACAGUGGGGAAGUUCUAUGCCACCUUCCUGAUUCAGGAGCACUUCCGUAAGUUUAUGAAGCGUCAGGAGGAGUAUUACGGCUACAGGCCUACUAAGAAGAAUGCAAAUGAAAUUAAGGCGGGCCUGCGCACCAUUGAGGAGGAGGCUGCCACUGAGCUCCACCGCACAAUCUCAGGAGAUCUCAUUGCAGAGGAUGAGAUGGACAGAGCCAUGGGAGGAGGCGAGGAGGGCAUCUACAGGAGAACUGGGGGUCUGUUUGGGACCAAUGUGGACCCCUUUGUAGCUGAGCCCAGUGGCCCCAUGCCAGUGCAGACCAAGCAGCGACCCUUACAGUUCUUGGAGGCAUGCCCGGAGGAUGUGGAGUCUCCCCCUGACUCCGUCUUUCUUCCCAACGCUGACUUCUUCCCUCCAACUCCAACCAGAACAAAUAUCACCAACAACAAUGCUAACUUCAGAGAGGAACUUACAUUUGAGAGAGAAUCACCAUUAGUUGUUGGAACCAGAGACCAAUCCUUUGAAAACUUGAGAGACGCCAGUGUGUCGCCCAGCAGAUCCUCAUCCAAGGACAGACAACAGUCAGGUUUCACUGUGAAGACCACUGUCACACAGUUCCCUUAUGAUCCCUCAUAUGGUGAAGCAGACACUUAUAAAGCAACAGAGAAUAAGACUUCACCAGCUACUGAAAAACUCAUCCAACAGACACUGAGAGAUGGUGGACUUGAGACUCUGGCUGAUAACCCCAAAUUUGUUUCUGUGACGAAGAAAGAAAUGGCUGAGUCAUUGCAAAUCAGCAUAGCGGAUAUGGAGGGCAUGGCCAAGGGCAUUCUGAACGAGCAGAGUGGGAAUGUGGUGAAGCGUAAAAAGAGGCCCAUCCCAGUGCCACCCAGUACCAUGCCAGCCCAGGCAAAGGAGGCCACCACCACAGUGUAGAGCAUUACUCUCUGUAAGAUCUGACAACUUAAUUUAUAACUGUUCUGCCAGGGCUUUCUUGGCAACUUCUUAAAUCCAAAGCCUGAUUUUGUUGUACUUACAACAGAAAUCCACCAGUUUUACCAACUCAGAUGCUUUCACAUGCUAACUGGUUGUUCUUUAAGGAAAAAUAAUCAAAUAUCCCUUACAGGUACAAUAUAAUUUGUUUUGUGAAAAUAAAGUAUUUAAGGGGAUAUUUGUCUUGCGUAGAACAGUUAUUUUUACCUCUCUGUGCAACCGAAUGGUAGAACAACCAACCAUGUGACUGCAGUUUAGCCAAGGUGAGAAAUACUACUGUGUAUACUGAUGGGUCAUUUGUGUUAGGGAGUAUAUCCUUGGGUGAAAGAAAGCAUUAAGGAACAGAACCUCCUUCCACAUUCAGUCUAUGGAUUUUUUUUGUAUUAUACACUAACUAAGAAUAGUGAGUGGGACUGGCAUUGUGGGAAUAGUGAGUGGGACUGGCAAAUUCUUAAUUAUCUUACUUUUGUUGGAAACAAGAGUUUGCUCCUUUUUGACAUCCUUUUUGAUAUGUUUUUAACAUUUUUUUCAGUAUAGGUCUUUGAAUGUUUAAAACUCAUUUUAGACCAUACACAAUUGAGAUAAAGGCUAUUCUGUUAUCUAUGAUUGAAUUUGGGCAAUGACAUUUCCUUUCCUAGUUAAGGAGUUAGCAGCAUUUACGGUGACAUGGUAACAAAGAGGAUUCAGAGAGCGUAUAAGGACUGCAAUAUUUGCUGAAGGGCAUUACACAGGUCCAGUCAACAGUAAGGAAAUAAUGAAAUGUUAUUUCACAUGCAUGUGCAUAAGAAUGAUUGGUUAUAAAUGAGAACUUUGAUUAAGGAAGUACUAAUUUUGGAAAUAUCUGAGCAUGACUGCUACUGUAGUUUCACUGCAGAUUAUUGUUACUCCUGCCAUAUUUUGCACUUGAGGAAAGGUACCUAAUAUUGGAGUGUUGUCUGACAUACAAUCAUGUAUAAUCAAAGAAAAUUGUUUCAAAAAGAUUUGUUUUUAAAAAGACUGAAUGGAGACUUUUGCAAAUAAGUCUUGGAGGAUGCAUUUGAAUUCAAAGUCAUUUAUUUAACUAUUUUUAUAGGUAUAUUAGAGGUUUUCGGUAGAAAUGUUAAAACCACUGCCAUAGAGAAACAAAUGGCACCUUAAAUACCAGACCUCCAGGAUAGUUAUUUAUGUUAUGUUAUCUAAGCACACUGGCUUUCCAUUUUGUAGUGUUAAAAAAAGCUAUUAAUUGAAUCCAUGUGUUGGCUUAGCUCUCCUGCGGCAUCCCUCAUUUGUGCUCACCCCAGGCUGGAUUCCGAGGCGACAGAAGAGGGACAGUGUGACAGCUGAAGUUAUAUCUGUACUCUGUAACUUUUUAUUUGACCUACAAAAAUGUCUUUUUUCUCUAACAAAACCUUUAACCUCCAACAAAUUGUCUUUUUUUUGGUGUCAGUGUAUUUCAAAUAAACAGCCAUAACAAAUGGGGGAGGUGAAUAAUGUUUUCUAGCCAGCUGCUGAUGUAGAACCUUUAAGUCUUCUUUGCUGAGAAAACUGGUGGUAUUUAUGAUAAACUACUUGCAGCCCUGUGAGAACACCAUGAAAUGUGAAGUAAACAGAAGUCAAAUUUU